GUCGCGCUCGGCCAUGGUCACCAGCAUGGCCUCGAUCCUGGACGGCGGCGACUAUCGGCCCGAGCUCUCCAUCCCGUUGCACCACGCUAUGAGUAUGUCCUGCGACUCGUCCCCUCCCGGCAUGGGCAUGACCAACACCUAUACGACGCUGACGCCGCUCCAGCCGCUGCCACCCAUCUCCACCGUCUCAGACAAGUUCCACCACCCGCACCCUCACCACCACCCACCACCACCACCACCACCACCACAGCGUCUGUCGGGCAACGUCAGUGGCAGCUUCACCCUCAUGCGCGAUGAGCGCGGGCUCCCGACCAUGAAUAACCUUUACAGUCCUUAUAAGGAGAUGCCUGGCAUGAGCCAGAGCCUGUCUCCUCUGGCUGCCACGCCGCUGGGCAACGGGCUGGGUGGCCUCCACAAUGCUCAGCAGAGCCUGCCCAACUACGGUCCGCCGGGCCACGACAAAAUGCUAAGCCCCAACUUCGACGCGCACCACACUGCCAUGCUGACCCGCGGUGAGCAACACCUGUCCCGAGGCCUGGGUACCCCGCCUGCAGCCAUGAUGUCGCACCUCAAUGGUCUGCAUCACCCGGGCCACACUCAGUCCCAUGGGCCAGUGCUGGCUCCUAGCCGUGAGAGGCCCCCGUCGUCCUCCUCGGGCUCGCAGGUGGCCACGUCGGGGCAACUGGAGGAGAUCAACACCAAAGAGGUGGCCCAGCGCAUCACCGCCGAGCUGAAGCGGUACAGCAUCCCACAGGCGAUCUUCGCACAGAGGGUGCUAUGCCGGUCUCAGGGGACUCUCUCCGACCUGCUCCGGAAUCCCAAACCGUGGAGUAAACUCAAAUCUGGCAGGGAGACCUUCCGCAGGAUGUGGAAGUGGCUGCAGGAGCCCGAGUUCCAGCGCAUGUCAGCCCUACGCCUGGCAGCAUGCAAACGCAAAGAGCAAGAACCAAACAAAGACAGGAACAACUCCCAGAAGAAAUCCCGCCUGGUGUUCACCGACCUCCAACGCCGAACGCUUUUCGCCAUCUUCAAGGAGAACAAGCGCCCAUCGAAGGAAAUGCAGAUCACCAUUUCUCAGCAGCUGGGGCUGGAGCUGACCACAGUCAGUAACUUCUUCAUGAAUGCCCGGCGCCGCAGCCUGGAGAAGUGGCAAGAUGACCUGAGCACUGGGGGCUCUUCAUCCACCUCCAGCACUUGUACCAAAGCAUGAUGCAAGGACUCUCACCUGGGCACAAGUCACCUCCAAAAGAGGACAACAGAUACCAAAAGAAACACAGAGGAGAAAAGACAUCGGAUUCUUAGCUGGGGCCCUUCACUGGUGACUUGAAAGCACAAUUCUCUUGAAACUUCUAUUCUAGCUGUAAUCAUAGGCCAGGUGUUCUUUUUAUUUUGUUUUGUUUUUAAUGGCUACAGAGUUCAAGUGCAAGCUGAAAACUAAUUUUUUUGAACCAGACACUAUCCUCUGAGCAUGCUAAGCAUCCCAGAGAUCCAAAUGGGGCCUUCCUGAAGCAAGUUAAUUACAGCAUGGUGUCAACCAAUGCUGCAAGCAUCAACAGUCCCUCUCUGGGUCCUGACAACCUCUUGCGUUCUUUUCCCACAAAUAAUUGGGAAUUUGGCCCAAGUAAGGACAAUAAGUUUAGACUUCCAAGACACUACAACAAGAGAAGAAUCUAACAGUAAGAAAGACCUCAUUUGCUUUCCAAGUGUUUAGCCUCACUGUAUCAUCAUGCACCAAAAUUCUCAGCCAUAACAUUAAAAAAAUCAGAAUGGUAAUUACUGAGCACAAGUUUUAAAUAUGGAAGUUUAAAAUAAAAAAAUCCAAGGACCUGUUUUUCCAACUCAGGCAUCUUUUCACUGAAUGGUUUAGAAAGCUUUAAAUUAAUCACAGUUUACAAUUUUUCUUUUCUUUACCUCCUGGAAAUCUCGUGUGGUCUUUUGGAUCCGUCAAAAAAAAAAAAAAAAAAAAAUCAGUUCACUUGAGCUCAAAGUAUCAAGCACAACAAAGAUAAACAGAAGGAAGGAAGGUUCUGGUUUCACUGCAUCCGGUUUUUCAAGACGGUUUAGAUCCGUCUUCAUUGUUGUGAAGUCAUUAGGGAUCGUUGGGAAUAUGGCUUCAAGCACAUUUUGCAGUUUGCUACAAAUUUUGUUUGUACAUAACGCAGCUGCACACUCAGGAGGCCAGUUUAACUGUUACGGUACAGGAGCAAUCACAUUUUAAAAGAUCUAGAUUUUUUUAGAUCAUAAUGUAUCCUUGAUUUGCUAGUCACCCAGCUCCACCUAUGCAUAUUGUGACUACCAUUCAUUCUUCUUUCUGAUUUGUGUCGUUCCAUCCCAUUAGUGGGGGUGUUUCCAGUAUUUUCUAGAAAGAAGUAAGUUAAUAAACCACCAUACUGUCAUCUAGUCCUAACUCUCUUCCAUUGUUGACUCAUCCAUGCAAAACAGCUGACUAAAUCUGGAGAAAACACAGCACACCAAAGAAGCAGAAUACUGCAUACCAAAGACAUGUAUUACCUGCCAUUUUCUAGCCUAAACAUACUGUGAUUACUUUUAGAAAUCAGAACACCUCUGUAACUCCUAAUGGCAUUCGGCUCUUGCAUUUGGCUCACCAUCUGGCUGAGUGGACCAGCAAUGCCAAGGACGUUAUCCAAGCCACCCAGGCAGUGGCUUCACCACGCCAGCUCUGGUUGUCACCUUCCCAUAGCAAAUGGAAGAGGGCCUGCAGAACUCUGGGAGAUUGCAAAGGUCAUGAUGUGCAUAUUUACCAGUGAAUGGCCCCAGGUGGGCACCGUGGGGGUGUUCAAAGCAAGCCAAACGCUGCAAUGAUUCCUUACAGACACUUGAGACUGACUUUUGUAUGAAUUACUUAAUCGAAACCAAAGAAACUUUUUCUGCACCUACUUCUGCAACAAACAGAACUGUCCCAUUAAAUGAAUAAAUGAAUCCAUAAAUCAGUGGAAAUCACUACCAACAAGAAGAAAGCACGCCAGAAUUAAAAAAAAAAAAAAAAAAGAUGAAGACACACUGUGUUCAAACAGACUUCUUGGGACAUUUUUUUGGAAGCAGAUUUGAAAGAAAGGGUUGAGACAAGAAUGAAAAUACAGAAAAGCCUCCGUGGCUGCUGCUUCGUUUGACAACUCACAUGGUAAUCUGAAAGUUGAAGAUUGUCUUUAAUUUGUGCCUAUGCAGUUUUUCAAAAGAACACGGAACAGAGCAACAGAAACCUCAACAGCUACAAUACCAAAGAUGAGGAUUCUCGCAACUUUUGUUUCAGUUCAUUAUCUCCUUUUGCCUGGCUAAAAUACUUAUAGCGUCAUUGAUCUGUACAAAGGUAAUCGAUUUUGUUUCUUUGAGCAACAAAAGGAAAGGGUUAUUUGUUUGAUUCUAUUGUUUCCCUUUAAUUUUGUUUUAUGGCUUUUUACCCCAACAUGGAAUCCCCUAAAGGUUCCAUGAGUCCAAGUUUAAGAUGUUGGGAUACUGAAUUAUUCUCUCUCUCUUCAGUAGAGCUUGGGAAUUGCUACUGUCACUUGAAUGUUCUUUGCUUAGCCCUUAGACUUGGUUCCUUCUAUGUUCAGAGUCUCAUCAUCGGGGAGGGAAGGGGAAUGGGGGUCAGGGAUAGGAGUCUGGGUGACACAGCCUCUCUGGAGUCACAGAACCAAAGAAUUUAUAGAGGAAUUUAUAGCCUCAUCUUCAUGUGAUUGCCACAUCUUAACAGGGCUUCAUUUGGGGGUGGGGAAACAUGUAAAAAGAAUUACCAGUUUCUACUUUUCUAUUAGCUUUUUAAAAAAAAUCAGCUGUAAAGUUGCAUUUCUAAAGAAAGAUAUAUAUACUAUAUGGGUACAUAUACAGAUCAACUUGCAUUGGUGAUAACCCAAAAGUUUUGCUGUCCAAAUUUGUGUCUUCUUUUUGUCACAUGUUCCAUUUGCUGAGUACGCAGCUCACAACUGUGCUUAUUUCUCAUGCCAUCCAGAGUUAAUUUACCACUGUGGAUGAUUGGUAGCAUUCAUAUGUCUAUGUCAAUUUCUAGAAACGUUUGAAAGUCAAGUUCAAGCAUUUCAACAUUUAACUUGUUGAUGAAUGAAUUUCUGGUAUAAGUGAGUUUUAUUUGUAUUUAGUCGUCUCUAUUCCAUGCUUCAAACAUGAUCAAGGUGAUAAGAAAGAUUCAUUUACCGCACUGGCCCAGAGGUAGGCCACUGGCAGCUGGGGACUCAUCUUCUGUCACUGCUGGGAAUAUUCAAUAGUCCAUUCCCAUCAGCUAUAGAAUAUGAUGCCCACCCAGAAAUCCAUUUUCCAGGAGAUACCCUGUUCACAGGGUGUUCUAGAUUCCUCUCGGUGAGCAGAUCCACCAGGGACUUCUCGCGGGGAAGUCCAGUUCCUGUUGCAAUGGGUUGAUCAGGUUUCCUCAGGGUGGUAAUUACCAAUUUGCAUUGACAAGCCUGUGUACAACCAUAGCCGGCACUGGGGUGGGACAGUGUUGUUGUAAGGGGGAGGUAUCUCAGUCCUGGAAAAAAGACAUACAGCAGAUUUGGGGGAGUGUCUCAGAUUCUUUUUCCUUGGAAAGCCACAGCAUUCUCUGUGUCACUUCCUGACUCUCCCCAUGUGGGUGUGGUUUCUGGGGCACCCCCCAUGUGGGUGUGGUUUGUAGGGGCAUCACUGAGAGAGUGUGGCUCUCUGUGAUUUUUGUAAUCUGCCCUGCCUGGGGGAUGGCUUCUUCACUUGCCCCUUGUUUCCCUUUGUUCCUCACUUAUACUCCACAGAUCUUUUGUCAAAGGACCAAGAAAAAAAAAUGUUUCAUCAGGGAUUGUUCCCAUUAUGGGUUGGUCAUAUGAAUUUUAACAUGGGCAUUUCUAAAUGAGUCCUUGUGACUUGUGACCAUUGGAAAUAGUGGCUCUUCUUGAGAUCAGAUUAAGGAACCAAGCCUCUUGAUUUGGUUGGUAUUCGUUGACACACUAAUAACAGCAUUUGGGUUUUUGCAUUAUCUAGGAUGUGUAGGCCAACAAGGCUGCCUUUGGGAACUGACAUUUCAACACUGGUCAGAUUCAGGUCUCGGUGACCAGAGAAGAUGCCAUGUGUGAAAGAUAAAGGCAACAGUCUUCCUCCAAAGACUCUUGAUGUCUCUUACCAAAUCAUACCAGAAAGAAUACUUGAUUAAGAAGUUACAUACAUCUAUAAAUGUAUAUGUGCACCUGCACAUAUGUGUCAAAACUUUAAGCCCUACACAGUAUCAAUUUAUUAGAAAUCAAAAAGAAAAAAAUUUCUAUCCUGAAAGGUUAGAAUUCAGUGUUUUUCCUCAAAGCCUUUACAUUUUUGUUUUAAAUUAAUAGUUUCAGAGAAAACAGCCAUUUGGAACUGGUUAUAGUCUAGAGUUUACCCCCUCAGUUCAAGAGAAGUUCCAGGCAUCCCUCAGCCAUCAGUAACUAAGCAUCAAUGUGAAGAACAGUUCACAACCCAGUUUCACAUUCUUGGGGUGACAGAAAUUCAAAUGCUCACAGCUGUUGAGUAGAAGAUGUUUUUCUUUAAGCCUUCACAUAAUUAGGCUUUAUUUUUGUUUUCAAUGUGAUUAUAGUUCUGGGGAUAAAAUUCCUUCAUUUCCAGAUUUUUUUUAAACAGAGUUAAUAUAUUUCUUUUAAAAAAUGAAAGCAACAGCAGUAAUAAAACUCAAUGCCAUUAUUUAAAAGCUUUUUCCAAAUGUAAUAAGAGUGUUUAGCUUGUGCACAUAGCAAUACAGUCUGAGCUAGGAAGCCCAACAUGGCACUUUCUCUGCAAAAAUCAGUUUCAUAUAUAGCCUCUCAUUUCCCAAAGGCUUUUGGUAAUUUUGGACUUGGAAAUCCAAGCUUAUUAUCAUUUUAAGCUAAAAUAAAAUGAAAACUAGGAAGUUAACUAAUCCUGUUAAAUACACACAUACACAUACACACACACACACACACGCACGUGCGCGCAUGCACAAACACACUUUUCUAAGUAAAGCAGUGAACUUCAAAGCUAACUAUAAAUAAUCAAUUUUAAAUAAUCAACUCUCAGUGCCAGUAAAUUAAUGUUGAGCAUAUUUUAAAAGAAAUAAUCACUAUUACAUAGGUACAAGGAGAAACUUUCCAUUUUCAAAAAUGUCAGUGGACUCAUUUUUUUUUUUUCUGAACACUAUGAAGUAGCAUGAAAAUACACCUUUGGAGGAAACUUCGGUCUUCAGGGGGUUGUCUAUUUUGAAUUUUUCAAAAUCUAAGAACAGACUGAGUUCCGAGGUUGUUAAAGAAUAAAUGAAGCCUAUUAAGAUCUGUAGAAAAGUAGACACCGGCUGUGGUUAAGGCUGACUACAGGCCCCAAACACUACUUUAGCAGUAGCCCUUCUAGAUUCCUAAUAGAUCAGAGCUGACUUUUUACUGUCCUUAUUGUUGAUACUUGAUUCAGACUUGUUAGCCUAACCAAGAAGAGGGAGUUGAAUGGUUGGAAAAGAAGGGCAAGAGCUGACAUAGUGAUGUCUUUUGAUAUUUAUUUUCAAAACUGUAUAGCUUAACCAUUUUUUACCAUUAACCAACAGAAGAUUCUGGUUUUAAAAUAAGGCCACAAAAAUCCUCACUGGAGAAGAAUGAUGUUCCAGGUGGCUGGGUUUAAAUAUGGAUGCUACAAUAACUAUUUUCUAUAAAUUAUUUGUUUCUUUGCAAAGUAGAGGGUUGUUUAUUUGUUUUAGAAAGUCCCAAGUACUUACUAAACACAAAAGUAAUUAUUAAAAUAACAUAGGACUUCACAUAGAUAGAUGCAAGAUAUCAUUGAGGCUGAUGGGUUAUAUGGUGUGAGUCCCUAGGACCUUCAGUGCCUAUCUACCUCAGAUACCCAAGUGACUCCAAUAGUCUGUGGGCCGUAAAAGCUAUAGCCCAAACUUUCCCUUGUAGGCUUUGAGUUAGGUUGAUGGACACUAACUGGUUAAUAUGUUUUCAGUGGAGAAAACGUGUAUAAAGGGAAAAAAUACCAUGUCACUACACAUUUGGUCAUUCCAUGGGAGUCUUCCAUUUGACUCUGUUAUUAGCAACAGGCAUUUCACAUGGCAUAAACCUUGGUACAUAAGUUUGCCUAACACUUUAUAUAGUCUGUGGGCUUGGAUGUACACAGAUCUAGAUACAUAUUUCAACAUCUUUUUUCAUAGUUCUCUUAAUAUCCACACACAUUGCCUAGAUGUAUCUAGACCAUGUACAUAUAAGUGUGUACAGACAUGCUUAAUACAUAUAUACUGUACUCUGUUACAAUAAAUAAAUUUCAAAUCAUCUUGUAACAGAUAUGUGAUAAUUUUACCAUGUAUCUUGUCUUUGUGAUUUAUUCUAAUGCUGAAAACCAAAGUGCAGGAAUGUAAGAAAAAGUAUCCCAGCAUCUUCAUUUAUUAUGUAUACUUAGAAUUACUUUCAUUUUGGGUACAUCCAAGACAAACAACUGAUAAUGGAACCUUGGAUAUUAUUUAAUCAUCUGUGUUAGAUGCUUGAUGACUUUGGUUGAAUAGCUUUAUUCUGGAUUUCUCAUAACUAAAGCUAAAUCCAAAGACCCCAAAAUAAAAAAGAACAGAGAGAGAUAGAGAGAGAGAGAGAGAGAGAGAGAGAGAGAGAAAGAGAGAGAGAAGGAAAAAAAUUGCAAAGUCAAUUGCAAACCAAUGGGAGAAAAUGGGCUCUGGUUUCCAGGGUUGAAACAAUGGUAGUGUGGCCUUAUGGAGGCUGCAUUAGCUAAUGGGGAGUGGUGAUUUCUUUCUCAUGCUUGUCACAUACAAAUGGUCUUUAAUGUGAGAAAGCUUUAGAGGUUAUACUUUCCUGUUUUAUUUUCACUUAGAAUAUAGGAAGAAAUGACAUGUUUGUACAUUGAAAAAUGAAGGCAGUCUCUCCCACCCCCAGAAAUUUUUUAACUUGUCUCUUUUAAUUGUGACCCAACAAGAUAAGUACCAUUAAUGUUCUUAAUUUAUUGAAAUUAGUUUCUUGUAUUAUAGUCUAUAGGAUUUGAAUAAUUAUUUAAUCCUCUUUCCUUAGUUUGAUUUUACUCUUUGUUCUUAUUUAUCAAAAAUCUAGAGCAGUGGUGCAUCUGAGAUGCAAAACCUAGCUAUAAUACUCCUGAAGUUUAGUUUGCUUUAUAAAGCAGUGAAAUUCUGUUACAGACAGGGAAGAAAUACAGGUUACAAACAAAAAUAUAAAACAAUUUGGGGUAUUUUCCUUCUUGGAUUAUCUUUUAAAAUAGUUUAAUGAUUAUUAAGUUAUUUAAUUUAAGUUCACAGCCCCACCUGGUACCAGGCAAACUUCACCUUCUUAAUUAUUGGGGCCCUCAGAGCCUUUCUAUUGUAACUUAUUUAUUUAACUUAUUCAGCAUCUGUGACAGAUGCGCUGUAUAGUUUAUAUUUUUUAUUUAAAACAACAGAGAGCACUGCAGUUUGUUUGCUGUCAGAACAACAGAGCAGAUUUUGUGGACAAGCAGUGACUGCUCAGCCCGAACCUGCGCAUUCAGAACACGAGCUGAGACCUACUUCACCAGCCUGGAUUUCGGGGCUUCUAUAUGGAAACUGGAAAAAUAAAUAAAAAAAUCAUAAACCAAAAAGAGAGAACCCUUAUACUAGCUGCUUCCAAGAAAGAACUCUGUGUGUGUAAAGCAACAAAAGGAAAAAAAAAGCAGAAAAAAAGGAAAAAAAAAAAAGGAAAAACUUUCUAUUUCUAGUGAGAACCAAAGAAGGCUACCUCACUGACUUUUUCCAUUUGUAAUUUUAAUCGUGUUGAUGACACCAAAGAUACCAAAGAUUUCUUUCUCUGUGCGGUCUGCAUUUUGCUUGUGCUCUUUUAAUUUGAACUCUUCUCUCUGACAUAUGGUAUGUACAGCCACAGCUCAGAAACCCCAAAGAAAUAAUGUUCUAUGUGAUGGUGGCUGCUAAUCUGGAAAAGGAUAUUUUCUGUGUUUCUUGUGUUUAUUUGCUGCCCCCUCCCACGUGUUCAGGAUGCAAGUUGGGAUGCUGCUGUAAUUGGAUUCCUUAAAGUUCCAGUUCCAAUUUGGUGAAGAAGACUGGUUGGAGAUGGCCUUCAGCCCUACUAUGACCUCUGUACCCCUGGAGCUAUCACAGGGAAAUAUGUCCAGCUAUUGCAACCAUAGAAAUAAGCAUUUGAUAGGAGAGUUGGAAGGGACCUUAGUAUUCCUUUAGUCCAGUUCCCUGUGGCCAGGAGGCUUGAAGUAGUCAUCCAAGUCCAGCAACUUCGCAGCCCAAGUCCAUCCACGCCCCCUGCUCCACCCCCUAUGCCCUGUUCUCCAUUGGUCACAUGCUGUCAAAUAGGAAAGUGGUAAUCCUUGAGCAACAAGCAGAGACUGAAUUUAUGGAUUAAUAUUUUUAUCCUUUAAGAAUAAUCCCAGACAGCUUCAGUAUCUUAUAUCAUUAUGUAUCCAAAGUCACAUAUGAUAUAUUGCUUGGUAAAAUGGCCAACCUUGAAAUACUAGGGCUCACUCAGAGAUUUCUGUCCUGGGAAGCAUACUGACCCAAACAGUAUGAUCACUUUUGAACCCACCCAUUACAAAGUAUUAUAAAAAUAAAGUUCUGAUCGAUAGGAGGAAAAAACUCCUGGCCUAUUGAGUUUAGUUAGUAUGAAUAUUUUAAAGUCAGUAUUUACCAAGAAAGGGAACUUGACCGUUAUUUUCCAUCAGGACAGUCCAGCUGUCAGCUCUUCUCUUUUCACCUAAGGGUGUUCACAUUUCACUUCUAGGUCAACUCUGUUUACAAGAGAAAUUUAAUCCUCACAUUGUUUGAUGCUAAAUUAUAUUCAUUGUAAAUGAAAGAUGACCCCAAAAUGUCACAGGACUGGAUAUGCCAGUUUAAAUAAUGGUUACUUACCAUUGCUUCUCUCUUUUUUUUCCUUUUUCAAAAAAUUAAUUGGUCUCCUUUUAGUCUUUAGAUUCUAUUAAACGACUAAAUCACUAUUAUGAUCUUUCAUCCAAGUGAUUUGAAUGUUAGCCAAUGAAACUUCUUCAGCUUUUGGUCAAGCAGGGUUUAGACACAAACAGAUUCCCAUCUCUAGUUUAUAGCUCUUUAUUGAAUACUACACGUUUACAUUUCAUGCAAUAGUUAUCAUUGAGUUUUUAAAGAGACUGUUAGACAAAGCUAAGAAAGGAAGACCAGGUGGCUCACCAGUUCAUCAAGAGAGUGUAGAUUCUAUGGCUAGUAGAAUAAUUUACAAAACAGACAUGUUGAUGUAGGAAAAAUUCAUUCUCUUUCUUUUUUCUUUCUUUGAGACAAGGUCUCAUAUAGUCCAAGCUGGUCUUGAACUCCUUAUUCUCCUGCCUCCGCUUCCCUAGUACUGAAAUUAUAACUGUGAGCCACUAUACCCAGACCAGUUAUCCUUCCCCAAGUUCCAUCCUGACAAAUGUGAAAGUUACUUAGCUAGAUGAGUCCAAAGAAUCACAUUCUCCCUUUACAAGGCAAACAUAUAAGGCCUUCCUUCCAAACAGGUGAUCACCAAAUUUCCAUUGGAAAUAAAAUUCUCCAAAUACCUGGGAGACAACAAAUUCACUAAGCAGCAGAGUGCUCCCCUGUGAGCAACAUCACCUUCCCCAGCCUUCCUACAACUGAGCCCCCAGGAGAGAGUACCUAGAAAGAGCAAUGGCAGCCUGAACACAGAAAACAUCCUAAUUGGCAGACCCCUCCUCAGCAAUCCCCCCUCAGCCUCAUGCUUCACUUGCAAAGUGUGACAUAACCACGGGACGAGUGCCUUGCUUGAACCAAAGCAACGAUUUAGCCAGUCUGGACCUCUCUGUGCUUUUUUUAAUCCUUCCUGUGAAUACCUCAGCUUCAACUGGGCCUCCAUACAGUAAAUUGGUGGGCUUAUUGUACUGUGGUGCUUUGCAAUGCAACCCUGCAAAGAACAAGAUUUGUACUAAUACCAAAGGUUUUUUCUCUAUGUCUCCUCCUCCUACCUCCCUGUUUCCCCCCUUUUCUAGUUCUUCAUGGUUCCAAAGCUUUAAUAUGAACCUGGGCAUGUUGGCAAUGCAGACCGCGCAAUUCCUUACCGAAUUUUCUCAGAUAUACCUCAUAGAUAAUAGUGUUUAGAGUAAUGUUAUUAUAGCGUAUGUAAUAAAUUAUUCACUGUUUCUUUUGGUAACUGUGAUUUAAAAAAAGAAAAAAGAAAAAAAAGCUUUAUACGUUUUAGGUUGUGCUUUUGUAAUAGACGAAAAUGUGCGCUUAAAAAUGAAAUGUAUGUUCUUUUUAUUUUUCUUCUCCCCCACCUUUGGAUUUUAUUUAUUCUGAAUUGGGGAAAGUUGCAGAAUGAGCCCAAAGUUUACAGUUUCAUAUUUUGCUGAAGAAACAAUCUGUGUUCAUUUGCUUUGUUGAGAAAAAAAAAAAGAAUUAUUUUCUACACUUGUGCUACUUGGUCUGAACAAUUAAUUGUUCUGUGUUAACAGUGUAGUAUUAUAAUUAGCAACUGCCAAUCAGUGCUAUAAUUUUAUGCAUGAGGCUAAAAAAUUAGCAGUGUGAUGCAUUGUGGUCUUAAUAGCAACAUUUUUUUCAUUUUGUACUAGAUCCUCCCCUUUGGUUCAAUGAACAUUAUUUAUGCAUGGGCGCCUACUGUUUGUUAGCAGUCGUGCAGCAGUUGUGUAUACAUUAAACUGUGAAAAUGUACACAGUUCAGCCUCAGACAGUGAUAAUAUUGGUUUUCUUGGGAGAUGUCUCACCUCAAAAAUACCUUUACAUCUGUUGGGAUUUCAAAAUGAGUCAGAUUGAAUCAGGUUGGGAUUUUAUAAUGAGAAAGGGCAUCCCACAUUUGAGUUAGCAAGAUUGAAUUCCACAGUUGGAAUCCUCAUAACCUAGAUAAGUCACUGUAUCUGAGAGGGGUUUGAAAAUGAGCGUUGAAGAGUAACUCACCUUUGCAUUUUUCAUUUCCACUAAAAGGAGUUAUUUUGGCUUUAUGUUCAUAGCCUCAGACCUGUUCAACCUUGUACAUCCAGGUCUGAGUUUCCUGAGUUUUCACAUGGGAAUGGCUAUUUUCAAUUGUGUGUGGUUUCUCCUAGGAUUCAUUGUCAGUUCCCAGUAGAAGCUCAUAUGGCAUCAAUAUCAAUAAUUCAUCUCUGGUCUUUUCAGCACACUCUCAUGGACAUCUCUACCAAUGAACUAACUUUUCCAGUUAUGAUAUGGGCAAAAAGUACAUGGCCAUUCCCUAAAAUUGUGUUGGUGUGGCCCUAUCAUGGUUUUGAUCUCUAGGGUCAGAAGUAACUCUAGCUUACUCCUUACCUGACCCACAAUAUGACACCUAUCUAACGGGAAAUAUAAGGAGAAUUUUUGAAAACCAAUUUACAAACACUAUGUUGGUUUAAAUUCCCCAAUCUUGGUGAUCUAUCUCAAAAAAAUGUUUUUCAUUUGCAAUGAAUUGGGCAAAUGUAUUCUUAUAUUUGCAUUCUGAGAUUUGCAAGUUUUGAAUUUCUUUCCCACACCAGUAUGCUUCCCAUAAAGCCAAAUCAACUAUCAAAUACAUACAGUUCUGCAGAAAAAAAUGAAGAUUGGAAACAAUAGUGGGAACACAUCAGUAUGCCAUACAAAAUAUUGGAAAUCACCAACAGACAGUAGAGUAUUGCAUGUGUGUCUGUCAGUGAAUAUAUUGGAGGUAUGUUUUCAUUAAUGAUGAUGCAAAGAAAUGUAUUUUCAUUUGGCCUUAUAAAGUAGGUUGUGAUAAUGAAAGCUUUGUAAUAUAGUCUUUUUAGUUUCCCUUUUAUUAAUUUGCCAAAGAUGGGAAUGGAUACAAGACUUUUAAAAUUGGCUUUUGUAAGACAAUAGAUGAUUGUACUAGUAUUUAAUCUUCCAGAAAUCUUUACAUGUUCUUCUGCAAUAAAUCAAGUCAAUAUUUGUUUCCGUAAGUUCUCUUCACACUCACAAACAUGCAAACUGUUCCUCUUGAUGCAGAUGUUGUAGUAUCUACAAAGUUCAAAUGCAUUUUUGAAAAAUGAGGGGUGUCUGAGACAUGUGUAUGCCCAGCCCUUUUUACUACAAGCAACACAGGGGUCUGGCUCACUAGGAUAUGCCAAGAAGACUUGUCUUAUGAAAUUUAAGGUAUAUUUUGUUAUGCCAUUUCAUGUCCUUCUUUUUAAACUUUGUGGAAAGUGAUAUGUUGAAUCAAGUGUAAGCUGAGUUUUCCAGAUAACUGAAGUAGAUACAUUGUGAAUGUUAUUUUGUUAUUAAAGGGUUUUUACUCAAUACUUUGUGCCAAUGGAUGUCCUUUUCCUUGGAAACUCGAGAACUAUGGAAUUACUUCAGCUUGGCCUGGUUUUCUCUCACCUUCAUGGGAGCAUGUGGACCUGGCCUGAAAAAAUAAAUGGAAGGUCCCAGGCUAGAAGGUAGGUUUGGGGCACUUGAAAGAGAGUUCCAUGUCUGUCAGCUUUAAAGAGAGCUGGGCCCAAACUCUCCAACCUCAAUCUCUUGACACCCCAACACUUCUCUGAGAUCCCUUGAGCAAAUUCUAGCAUGAAGGCAGACCCCAAUUCAUAUAGGAAAGGGAAGGAAGAGAACUUGGUGAUCUUGCAUUUUCUGUGCACCACUAAGUACCCAGUCAGCCCAGGGCUGUGGUGGUCUGCCAGGUUGGCUCCACCUGGGCCAUCACUGAAGGACUUUCUUCCAUCUUGAUACCUGCAAAAGGUCCAGGUAUACACUCAAUCCAGGGUGAAACUCUUCCAAAUCAGUAACUUCUUCCCAGCCAUCCUCUGCAUACCAUUUGGCUUCCAUCUUUAAUUUUUGGAGCUAACUCUUUGAGAAUCAAAGGUAUGGUUUUCUAACGUUUUGUUUCUGGGUGAUAUUUUAGCUUUCCAAUUCUUAGGUUUGAAACAUGCAAGAGGGAAAAGAGACCCCGUUGUCUCCCUGUGUUUUGGUCUCAUCUCAGUGGGGCCAGGCAGGUCACCUGUGCUAUUAAUCUUGUUUGGGAAAGAUUGAACCACAGCUACCCAGCCCAUCAAGAACAUAGUCCAUUGUUGCCUAUUUUAUCUCUACUUGAAAGUUCUAUUUUAAAAGUUGUAGAACUUGCGUUUCCCUCUAUAUCCCUUUGCUUUGGCUCUGUUUGGCAUUUAGCUUUAGUUUUUCAGAUUAGGUCAGGGAGCCUGCUACUUGGGAAGAAAGUUUAAGUGUAUACAGGCUACCUAGGCAUCAGAUAGUUAUUUAAUUAGUGGAUGCUUUCUUAAAGGGAAAAAUACGAUUUCCUUUCUUUCCUCUGUCGCUUUGUGUCAUACAAGCCUACAUAGUUCCAGCCAGUUGCUCACUAUGAAAGCUUGUAAAUAAAUAUAAAUAAAUAAAUAAAUAAGCCUGACACAUUGAAAUUUCUGAAACAAAAAUACAAGCUUCUCACAUAAGAGAAGUUAAUGAAGAGCUACUGAAAUUUGGAGACAGGGACCAAGAUGAUACAUAGUCUUGGUGUUUGGUAGCAUUUUAAAAAUCCCCAACUUCAGCUACCAAAUCUUAACUUUUUCCUCCCAAUCCAAGAACAGUUCAGUCUCUUCUCCACAAAUCUAGGAUACCAAAGAAUGUCAUGGCAAGGGGAAUCAGAAACUGACCACCAUUCUAGUGACUUCUCUUCUAUAUCCUUUGCUUUUCUUAAAGAGUUUCCCUGCAUUGCAGAGAACGAGCUUGGGCCUUACCCCUCUUCACAUUCUUCCUAUUUGAGUAUUUCUACCCAAUUCAAUACUUUAUUAGCACAGAUAUUGUAGAUUCUUUCUCACUCAGUGAGUUCUUACUGCUCCCACGUAAAUGAGAACAAAAUAUGUUUUCUUUUACCCAGUUUUGAUCUCAUGAUCCAAGUCUCACAUUUGGCCUUAGCUUCAAAUGUGUUUAUUUUUGGUUUAAAAAAUAAACGCCAUUUAAUUUCAUAUGCUGGCCUUUGGGGCUUUAAUCCUUCCUUCCAGUCUGUUUGUUACCUCAUGGUAUUUAAUGGUGACUGUCAUGAAAGAAGGGAAAAGGUAGGAGAGAAUUUGCCCCAGCUCUUUUUAAAGUUUUAAAAUGGGAAAGAGACCACGGGGGACACAAGAGACCAUGGGGGACACAAGUACCUCCCUGUGAAAGACCUAGCCCUGCUUUCUGCUUCUAGGUGGCCAUUCCAGAACUCUAAUCCUUUAGUAGAAAUCCACCUGCUUGUCAUAGGUCUUCAACCAGAUUCAAAGACAAUGGAGUCACAUGCUUGCCUCUUGCUCUGUUAUUUGCUUUUAUAGGCAUUACCUCCAGGAAAAUCAGAGGGGAGAAUUUUAGACCAUUAUGUUAGUCAAUCCUUCUAAAAUCCCUUUAGUUAAUUCCCCUCAGGCUGAAAACCAGGAAUACACACUCUAAAAUUCACACUCUCUUCUGUUUUCAAAAAGAAUGCCCAAACACUGAUUCACAUUCUUACUUUCUUUUCACCCUGAGAUUUCCAAAGCAUAUUAUAUCCAGAUUUUACCUUGUCUCAGACACACUAAGUCUCACUGUACUGAAAGAUUUUCCAGGCAUGGACAACAGGGUAAAUGUUUGGUAGCUGCCCUGAAAUCCUGGCAGGAAUGAGGAUCAUGUGUCAUCACUAAAGGGGUACUCACCCCUUCAUAAGCCCCCAGUCCUUUCUGUUUGGAAGAUUUCUUUGAAUAUUGAUUGCAUUUUCACACUGGCUCAUUUCCCACCUUGAUGUUUGGUCUGCAACGUUGCUUACACUGGAUUCUUUCUAUUUUUAUUCCUAUCAUUAAAUGGUAGUGCUGUAAAUUCUGCAAUUAAUGUCAAAUAAACUGCUUUAAUUCAUUGA